AUGCCUGUCGACUACAGCAAGUGGGAUGCCCUCGAGCUCAGCGACGACUCGGACGUCGAAGUCCACCCCAACGUCGACAAACGCUCCUUCAUCCGCGCCAAGCAGAACCAGAUCCACGCCGAGCGCGCCCAGCGUAAGCAGCAUAUCGAGACCCUCAAGUACGAGCGCCAGAUCAACGAUGGGCUCAUCAAGCGGAUAUCCUCCCUCCUGACCGCCCUCAAGGCCCACGCCGACGAGGCCGAGUCGCGGAACCCGGCCGAGGUCGCCUUCCAGGCUGUCAUGGAGUCCGCACCCAGCAGCCCCGAGGAGGAUAAGCCGCCGGCCCGGCCUGAGGGCGUGCACUCCGAGGUCGAGAACCCGCCCACCUACACCAAGAUGAUGGCCACGCUGCUGGACCAGGUCAACAAGGCGCUGGACGAGAAGAAGCCCGCCAGCCGGUACCAGGGCAUGCUGGAGGAGAUCGCCGGCCACCUGAAGAAGGUCGAGGACCUCCAGAAGGAGCUUCACAAGAAGCUGGACGAGCUGGAGAACGCCGACAAGGGCAAGAUCACGAGCGACAGCUACAAGACGGGCUUUGACAGUUCACAUGUCGCAAAGUCGACACCGGCAGAGGCAGGGACAAAGAAGGAGGAGAGCAAGGUCGAGCUGCUGAACCCUAGCUUCGAUGUCAACAACCCGGAGUCACUCAGACAAACGGACCCAGAUGACGAUUCCGAGGUCCAGGCAUCUCCGGAUGCGCAGAAGUUCGCCAAGAUCAAGUCGACAGAAUACAGAGACAGUAAUAACUUCAUCUCGUCGCACCCCAACAUCAUAUCCGAGAAGGAACAGGAUGGAAUUCUUAUGAUGGCGUUCGACGCACAGCUCGAAGGCAAGGAAGACCUCGCACGGAACUGCGUUCACCAGGCUCUACUACUACAGUACUGCCGCGCCCUCGGCAAGGACGGCGUGGCCCUGUUCUUCAAGCGCAUCACGACCAAGGGCCACAACGCCCAGGGUGUGUUCUACAAGGACGUCCAGGACACCUACGCACGCAUCAAGGGCCGCUGCAAGGAGAUCAAUGCGGAGCGGGCUGCCGACGCGGCAAACGGGGGCCAGGGCGUCGAGCAGAUCCAGCUCCACGCCGUGGAGCCGGGCACGGUCAUCAACAUCAAGAUCCCGCCGGCCAACAGCGAGGACGAGGCGGAGAAGCACGGCCGCCAGAUCUUCGAGGGCUUCAAGCCCGACAUGCGCAAGGCGCUCGAGACGGGCAGCCUGGACAAGGUCAACGAGGUGCUGGGCAAGAUGAAGGUCGACGAGGCCGAGGAGCUCGUUGGCUUGUUAAGUGAGGCCAACAUCCUCAGUCUCGAGGAGCAGAUCAUCGAUGCGACCACCGAAGAGGGCAAGAAGCACCUCCAGGAUAUGGAGGAGCAGGCGGCAAUGGAGUCGUACACCGAUGACCCGGAGUAG